AUGGCUUCGGAUAUUUGGACCUUAGAUCUUGAAUGCCAUGGAGCUGCUGCAGGACAGGAAUAUGUGCAAAGGGAAAUGGACAGAGAUGAGAUAUGUUAUUUCAACUUAAUUGAGUUCAUCGAGGAAUAUGGGUUCAACGCAAUAGACUAUCUAUACCAUAAGAAAAGAGAUAGUUUGGUUGCAAUACAAUCGGAUGCUGAUGUGAUGGAAAUGCUUAAAGAAAAUGAGAGGACGAAGAAGCAUGGGAAAAGGGGUACAAAGCAAAAGCAGAGCAUAAAUAUAAUUCAAACAAAUGCAGAAUAUGUCAAUGAAAUUGACCAGCAGCAUGAUGAACCACCAGGUGACGGCGAUGACAUAACCAUUCGAAAGAGAACCGUUUUGGCACAUGUUUGGAAUCUACCUGAGGAAAAGCGAAUACUAGUAAAGUGCAACCAGCUUGGACAACCUAUUGGAAAGGAAGGUGGUCUUUUAGGGCAAUUUUUAGGGACCAUAGCACAAAAUGGUGGGUAUUGUCCUGUAGAUGUCAAUGAUUGGAGAAAGGUCAAGAAGGAUAGUGCUGAAACAAUACUUCAAUGCAUCCAGAGGCGAACUAAUCCCACAAAAAAACCACCACAUAGAGCGAAAGUUUACCUAGCUACUCACCGAAAAAGGAUCAAGGGAACAGAUGAGCCUACGUUGGAAAAUAUCAUAGAUAAACAACCAAAGUUAGCACAAAAUAGCAAGGGAAGAGUUGCAUGGGAAGGUGAUGUGUUACAUCAAGUAUUAGGAGAAGAGAAACCUGGACAAGUACAUGGCAUGGGAUUGCUUCCCGUUCCUAAACAAGUUUAUGGCCAAACAACACGCCAUUUCAAGGACAUUAAUAUAGCUACAAUAGAUGGGUCAUCAUCUGAUGCAGAGACACAUAUGUUGGAGGAAAUAAAGCAACUCAAAGAGCAUGCAAGAAAUCAAGACAAACUUAUUGAAGAACUCAUAAACAAGAAGGGACACCAGGACAAUGAAGGACCAACAACAAAGGCCAAUUGCAUAUCAAUUGAUCAUGGCAACUUUUAGGAACCUGCAGUGCAUUCUAGCAGAAAGAGAGUUCAAUGUGCUCAACCAAACUGUGGAGAUGCAUUAUUUAACUAUAGGGAUGGAUUGGUAAAAUUUACUCCUAGCAUACAUGUGUAUGAUAAAUUGUACUGAAAUAAAAAUACAAGUUAAUCUGAAUAAACUGAUGAUGGUGAUCUAAUUUUUUCGAACACAAAGGUUAGCAUAUUGUUACUUGGAUUUAACUGCAAUCAACUCUUAGAUGAUUAUAUCUAUAUAUUUUGGAACUAGUGUCAAGAUGAUGCUAAUUACAAGGAAUUAUCCCAUCACCGAGAAGCAGAGCCAUCAUCCCCAUAGUGUUCCACUAAUUAUUCAAUACAAAAGGAGAAUUCAGGUGAUGUUAGGAUAACAAGAAAAAUAAAGGCUAAAAAUCAACAUGAAGCACUCCAAGAUGCUGCCAUAAUGACACAACAUGUUGCAGCUCAUGACAAGGCCACAAGCCAUAAGCAUCCAAAAUAUACACCAUCUCUUUCAAUUAAGUGCUACUUAAAACUGCAAAAUAUCCAAAUAAGACAAUUGUGGCAUAUGCAACAAUUUUGAGCUCUAGUCCAAAAGCAAAUGUUGGUGGAGUUGAGAUUGGAAAAUAGUUCUACAAAGUGCAUAUCAAUCAUCCAACUAUACAAGAUGAGCCAUUAGUAAGGCCCAUGCCUGGCUGCAAAACCAUCGGUAAUGCUCAUGCCAAAGGAACACCAAUUGCUUGGCCAUUGAUUUGUGUAUGUUAUGACUACCUUUCAAAAUAUUUUACAACUACCUUUUACUAGGCAGAUUGAAAUGAUUAAUGUUACAAAAACUUUUCAAUAUGCAGGUUGAAAUGACCAAUGGUUGAAGCCGUACAAUUGAAGCAAAAGAAUGGAUCAAAAGCAAUGAAAUUCCAGAAUAUGACAUAUUUAUAUUUACAUUUCAUUUCUAGUAGUACAAAUUUGUAGCAUCCACUGCUAUGUACAUUUGCUCUCUGUGAUAUUUUGUAAAUAUACUCCUACAUGAUGUGAACAAGUAUUAUUUUCCCUUCCUAAAAUCAAUGCAGCUUCCUGUGAU